GCCUUGCAGGCAAGUGACCGUCAGUUACAACUUGAAAGGGGCCUCGACGUCACGACACGUCAUAUGUGCAAAUGAAGUUAUCCACUGCAUGCAUUCCCAUCGCUACUAGUACUGACAAUCUUCUUUGUACUUGUCUUUAUUCUUUUGUUUGUUUUCACGUCAAGUUCUGUCAGACCCUUGUCUCACUCUUCUCCGUAUUGUAUAUAAUACACACAUUCCCAUUACACUUGGACCAGAGUCGCAAUGCCUUUCAACCCCAUCGACGAUGCUCAAGACUUUACCAGGAUCAUCAACAGCGGUAAAACCGUAUUGAUAGAUUUCCAUGCAGACUGGAGCGGAUUGUGCCGGUCGACCUCUCAGCAGUUUUCUGAACUUUCUGACACAUUCGUUCGCAUCGGUGUGGAUUUCUAUCGCGUAAAUGUGGAUGAACUAGAAGACGUGGUGAUGGAAGCUGAUGUGCGCGUCGUCCCUACUUAUAUGGUGUUCAAAGAUGGGAAGAAGGUUGGGCAUGCCACGGGGCUAGAUGGGUUAAGUCUGCACAAAUUGAUGGGUUCGUACAUGACGAGAUGCGCAGUGGCUGCUUAAAGGCAACUUACUAGACAAGAGACAAUCAAUCGCAUUGUAAUUAUAUGAGGAGAUUAUGGAAGGGAUCGUCUGGUUAUGGGGAAAUCAAAUGCAUCAUGUAUAACAGCAAUUAGAAUUAAACUUACUUUGACUUGGCUUACCAUACGCUUAACGCGAGGCUCGCGCAAACGUGGAAGAGGUGCGAAGAGCAAUCCCAUUGGUGCGAACAGAAGUUCGCCGUCAUGGGAAGGAACGUGUGUCGAUGCAAUUAGCUAGCAAGGUGUAUGUAAUGAGUAGCACUUCGGGUAUUCUCUUCUGCCGCGGUAACGCACCUGGCUUCGUAAGUUUAUACAAAGUGAAUCGAGAGCAUUAUUGGGAUGAGUGGAUAUGAAUGCGGGGACGAGUAGCCGGGUCGGAGGAUCUGCUGCAGUG